CACGUCGCCGGAGGCCUGUUGAUCGUUCGCAGGCAAGCCGAGAAGGCAUUGAAGCAAGCAGCCGCUUCGACCAACUAAGGCGGCCUCGAUGAUCAUGAGCUGAUGAUUGUGCCGAUCACUCGCCGGAAUCCUAUUUCUCUCUUCGAUCUCAGGAGUAUUGCGAAAUGCUGCAGCACGGACCAGUAGGGUGUCAAGCGAGCCGCCACUUCCAACUCAAUGUGCCCAAGCUUCCCUUACCGUGUGAGCCUCUCGAAUAUCAAAAGUCUUUUAGGUUUGACAGGCUUCUGAGAACUGGAGGCUUUGCUGUUUCGCCGAAGUCUGAUCGUCAUCCGCGGCAAUCUCCAGUUGUCGCUAUGGCGGUGCCGCCUGCGGUGGUUCAAUCGACAAAUCCGGCCGAUGUAUCUUCCUCAUCUAAGACACUGGGAGAGGUGGUGGUGGUCGGAGCUGGACCGGCUGGGUGUUUAUUAGCCCACUACCUUCUCCGCCGAGGCUUUUUCGUCCAUCUGUUCGAUAAACGUGCUGGCGCUCCUUCUUCUCCUCAGCACGAUGGAAAUGGGAGCGAUCAACAAUUCUAUGCGCGAAGGGAUCCGCGUUCGUACAACAUCCUGCUUACCUCAAGAGCUGUAAAAGCCUUCCAAGGGGCAGGGUUGGAGGUGCCUCCUAAUCUUCUCAAUCAGCUCGUGGGCAGCUGCACGCACCUACCAAAUGGAAAAAAGAGAAAAUUUGACUAUUCGAACGAGCCCGGGCUGUUGAGUUUUGGUGUUAGCCGGAACGCACUGGUAGCAUGGUUGCAAUGUAGCCUUCAUGAGAGGUAUUCAAACUUGAAGACGUACUUUGAAUAUGAACUUAAAUCUGUCGACACAACUACAAAUAAAGCCUCAUUCAGGCUUAGUUCCAAAAAUUUCUUUUCACCAAAACCGGACUUGGUGGAAGUUAAGUAUGAUCUGCUGGUGGGUGCAGACGGCGUUAAUAGUGCAGUUCGGUCAGAGAUGAUUCAUUUAGACAGCACCGCUACUUCUUCCUUCAAAAAGAAAUCAAAGCCUUUGGAAUUGGACUUCCAACCGAGCAGUGAUGUAUACAAGUCUUUCUAUGUGAACCCUGAGGUCGCAAAGAAGUCUCCCCUUUUUGAAGAUCAUAAUCGAGUUCAGUCAUGGCCUGCAAUGAAUAUCAUCGUAACAGGAAUGGCUGAUGGCAGCUUUUGGGGUGGCUCCAAGAAUAAGCAACUUAUGAAUGCAUCCUCUGCACACGAAGUAGAAAUUCUAUUGAGAGGAAGUGCGCCAGAACUGUUUGAACUGCUAUUAGAAGAUAACCCCAAUUUUUGUGAAGAUUUUCUGAAGCAACCAGCGAUUUCCUUUGGUGGGGCUGUUACGCUCUCACGAUUUAACCAUGAAAACAUUCUUGUGAUUGGUGAUGCUGCGCAUGCCAUGUUUCCAUCGUAUGGCACGGGGUGUAACGUCGCACUCGAAGACUGUCUACUCUUGGACCAAAUCCUCGAAGAAAGCAUUCCUGUGCAAGGAGACAUCAGCUUUGUGGAAGUUGCAAAAGAGUUCUCCAAGCGACGGGUGGAAGACGCUCACGCAAUUGUUAGGAUGAACACCACCCAAGAAUUAUUCCCGCGUGGGUUUUUCGGUAUCUUACAAGUAAUGCUGUUCACCUCCCUCCGCAAACUGGCACCAUCAAUAUUCAAACCGAUUGCUUACCAGCAGUUGUGGUCGGACACACGAUUUCGACAAAUUGAGCUGCAGAAGCGCACCGAGAACACAUUGUUCUUCGGUAUGCUUUUGGUACUGGCACUGCUAGUGAUCGCAGCCCUGUUAUUCGCAUUCGGUAUCCAGCCCAAGUUCAAGAUAUCUCCCUCGUAAUCUCGAACUCUCAUUUUUGCUCCGCUGGUGUUUUUUAACCUGGACCUCAAGAUUAGGCCACCAUAAAAUUUAUGUAAAUUAAACGUGAAAACAAAUACUUUCUAUUGAUGUAUUGGCGUUGCCUUUCA